UGAUCCUUCCCAUGUGAGGAAACAAACCGGUGACUUUGGUAAUAUCUUUGAAGAAACAUGCAAGAAUAAAACAGAGGAAGUGAUAAUUCAAUGGAGGAGAGCUUUGACCGAUGUAGCCAAUACCCUCGGGUAUCAUUCUGUUAACUGGGAUAACGAAGCAAAAAUGAUUGAAGAAAUUGUUAGUGAUGUUUCGGAUAAACUACUUCUAACUCCAUCAGAGGAUUCUGAGAACUUUGUCGGUAUUGAAGAUCAUAUCGCAAACCUGAGUGUGUUGUUGCGGUUGGACUUAGAGGAAGUAAGGAUGGUUGGUUUAUGGGGUUUUUCAGGUAUUGGCAAGACUACCAUUGCAAGAGUUCUGUUCAACCGACUUUCUCGACACUUUCAAGGCAGAAUUUUCAUUGACAGGGCUUUUUUAUCUAAGAGUAUGGACAUUUACAGUCAAGCCAACCCAUACGACUACAACAUGAAGUUGCAUUUACAAUCGAAAUUCCUAUCGAAAAUUCUAGGGAAAAAGGACAUAGAGAUAAGUCAAUUAGGUGAAUUAGCAGGGAGGCUGAAGCACCAUAAAGUUCUUGUUUUCAUUGAUGAUCUCAACGAUCAAGUAGUGCUAGAUUCCUUGGUUGGUCAAACUCAAUGGUUUGGAAGUGGGAGUGAUAGGUCCCUUGCCAAAGGUUAUCAAUGUUGA